CGGGUACGAUCAAAAAUGGAGAGAGAUAUUUUGGCAGAAGUGAAUCAUCCUUUCAUAGUCAAGCUUCAUUAUGCAUUUCAAACAGAGGGAAAGUUGUAUCUAAUACUAGAUUUCCUGCGCGGAGGGGACCUUUUCACAAGACUCUCCAAAGAGGUGAUGUUUACAGAAGAGGAUGUCAAGUUCUACUUAGCUGAGCUGGCCUUGGCGUUAGACCACCUCCAUGGUCUUGGAAUUAUUUACAGGGAUCUAAAACCCCCCCGCAUUCUUCUUGAUGAAGAGGGCCACAUUAAGAUAACAGAUUUUGGUCUGAGUAAAGAAGCCAUCGACCAUGACAAGAGAGCGUAUUCGUUUUGUGGGACAAUAGAGUAUAUGGCCCCAGAGGUGGUCAACCGCAGGGGACACACGCAGAGUGCCGACUGGUGGUCUUUUGGCGUACUCAUGUUUGAGAUGCUGACGGGAUCGUUACCCUUUCAGGGAAAAGACAGAAAGGAGACAAUGGCACUCAUUCUCAAAGCCAAGCUGGGAAUGCCGCAGUUCUUGAGCAUAGAAGCCCAGAGCCUGCUGCGAGCCCUCUUCAAAAGGAACCCGUCCAACAGAUUAGGUGCUGGAUUCGAUGGAGUGGAAGAAAUUAAACGUCACCCUUUCUUUGUUACUAUAGACUGGAAUAAACUAUACAGGAAAGAAAUCAAGCCACCUUUCAAGCCCGCAGUGGGACGGCCAGAAGACACCUUUCAUUUUGAUCCAGAGUUCACAUCUCGGACCCCCACAGACUCCCCAGGUGUUCCUCCAAGUGCCAACGCUCAUCAUCUUUUCAGAGGGUUCAGCUUCGUUGCCUCUAACUUGGUGCAGGAGCCUGCACAGCAAGAUGUGCACAAAAUCACCGUCCAUCCAAUUGUGCAGCAGUUACAUGGGAACAACAUUCACUUUACAGACGGAUACGAGAUCAAGGAGGACAUAGGAAUUGGCUCCUAUUCAGUGUGCAAGAGAUGUGUUCAUAAAGCUACAGAAACAGAGUUUGCAGUGAAGAUAAUUGAUAAGAGCAAGAGAGACCCCUCUGAAGAAAUUGAGAUCCUCUUGCGAUAUGGACAGCAUCCAAAUAUCAUUACUCUUAAAGAUGUCUAUGAUGAUGGGAAAUAUGUGUACCUGGUGAUGGAGCUGAUGCGGGGAGGCGAGCUCCUGGACCGCAUUCUUCGGCAGAAGUGUUUCUCAGAGCGGGAGGCCAGCGCUGUGCUGUGCACCAUCACCAGGACUGUGGACUACCUGCACUCUCAGGGCGUGGUGCACCGAGAUCUCAAGCCAAGUAAUAUCCUCUACAUGGAUGAGUCAGGAAACCCAGAUUCCAUCAGGAUCUGUGACUUUGGGUUUGCCAAGCAACUGAGAGCGGAGAACGGGCUGCUCAUGACUCCCUGCUACACGGCCAAUUUUGUCGCCCCUGAGGUCCUUAAACGCCAAGGUUACGAUGCAGCCUGUGACAUCUGGAGCUUGGGGAUCCUGCUGUAUACCAUGUUGGCAGGGUGA